UCGGAAAACUUCGGAAAUUAUCUGCCGACACUUCUAUCGCGAAAAGUACGUUAUUAAAACUACGUAAAGUUUGCCUGGUUGAAUAAAACUCUCCUUAGUGACGUCACAACAACACUUUCUCAACUUGUUGAAAGUUUUGAAGUCCUGCAACUGAACACGUAAUCAAAGUUAAACAAAGACAAAAGUGAUCGAAAGUGUUUGCUGAAAUGUUGUUUAUAAUGCUCAGUGCGGUUUUUAUUGCAAGCGGAGAAGGCGCCACGCUGGGGGAGUCAGACAACUGCGACCCGAGCGAGCUGAACAUAUGCGUGGAGAAGAUCCCAAAAACACCCGUUGGUUUGCCAAAGACGAAAGAGGAAUUAGACACACAUUGCCGGGUUUUCAACAUGGGAAUGAGUUGCAUGGAUGCCUGGAUCAAGCGCUGCCUGCCGACGGACGGCCAGAAGUUGGUGCACCAUCAGAUCGGCGGCGCACGCGCCAUCAUGCGCUUUCUUUGCGCGAACGAGACCACUGCGCUGCGACGAGAAUUCCUGAAGGAGCAGACCUGUUGGGCCCGCGUGUCCCCAGAAUGGUCCGGCUGCGUGAACGAGCUACAGAGCGCCGUUCGAGACAUCAGCGACCGCGCACAGCUCUUCACGUAUUUUAACAGGAAUGGAGAACUUUGCUGCGCACGCGACGACUUCAUGGCCUGCGUGACGCAGGUGGGCCGCCUGUGCUCCGCCAACGCAGGCAACCUGCUCAAGCGACUCGCCUGGGUACUCGCGCAAGACGUCGCCGCUUGCAGCCAGCCGCACGCUUACUGCAUGGCCCCACCAACAGCGGUCACGCCUCUGCUCACCGCUCUCUCGACCAUCUUACUAUAUCCACCGAGGCUGUAAGCUGCUGCUGUUUAAGCUAAGGUUUAAUUAAUUAAGUCCCUCCUGUUUUUUUAUCGUCUUUUAUUGCGGUUGUUUCUGGUUCCUUUAGGGUUCAAAAGGGUGUGUGUGCUUAGUGCGUUUUUACAUUAUCCGAUCCGAUAGUAGGAAGGAUGUCAAAGGCAAAAAUCAAAGAUGGCGGCUUAAAUAUAUUGGGACAUCGUUCCUACGUAUCCGACAUCAUAUCGGAUGAUGUGAAAACGCACUUAGGAUGUGACUCUGUCCGUCUCUGUCUUUCUUUCGGUCACAUUAUUCGAUACCUCUAGAACUAAUUAUGCUCUCGAUUUCAAAUUUGGAAUAGAUAUGAACAUUGUUGUACAUUGGAAGUGUUAGGUAUUGCUUUUAACAGAGAGAAUGGACCACUGAAAUUUGUGAUGCGUAAAUGUUUGAGAUACAAUUUAAAUUAAUAGUUUUUAGCAGAAGAGAUCUAAAAAUAAGUCCCGUUAUUACACAGAUCAAAUCGCAAAACAGUAUUAAAUAAAUGGAGUGUUAAAUUAUGGAUGUUUGUUAAUGUCAUAGAUUAUUUAAGCUUAGUUUUAGCUAGUAUAUGAAUUCAUUAUCAUCGAUAUUAUUCAUCGUUUGUGGUUAAAUUUUAUGUUCUAUGAUAAAUUAUGAUUUUGAAACAUUUUAGUAGGCAAAGUACCGGAAAACUUCGCCUCUAUACCUUCUGUAUAGGUACCUAAAAAGACUCAUGGUAUCACAUGUGAAAACUCCUAUGUACAGUCAACCCAUUGGAACCCUAGGCCACUCUACAACCAUGUCAAAAUGGCAAACAGUAAGAGAUUUCUUACAAUCUGAUUUAUAACGGCACUAUGACAUUAGUUCUACGGUGGCCUAGGGUUCCAAUUGGUUGACUGUACCUCCUGAAAAGCGACUACCUACGGACUGAAUGUUCGCCUGGCAGGAAGCUGCUAUAUAGUGUACCAACUCGGUCGUAUGAUAUAGACUAUCGCGUUGGUGUGUCCUUAUCGUAUAUUAUGUAAGUACCGACGCGAUAGGCUAUAUCACACGUCUCCUAGAUCCUGGCAGUAAAUGCGUUAACGACUGAGUUGAAGUCGGUUAAAAAUAAGGUUAAGAAGAAAUUGAUGUGAUGUUAUUAUUGUUAUUAAGUUUGGUAAAGUAUUAGGCUAGUAAGUUGAAAUUGUAUUUUAUCAGAAUUGAGUUUACUUAUUAACAAAACUAAAGGAUUGGAUAGUUCGUAAAACGAGUUGGAAUUGAUACAAUAAAAUGUAUAAAAUAUGCACAACGUACCUAGUAUAAAAUUGCUCCAAACUUAGUAACUACAAAUAUGUUAGGUACAGUUGAGUUCAUAAAUUAUGUGUACAUUUUAUCACCUUAUUGCAUAUAGUUAAGGUGAAGAAAUUUACCUAGACUUACGUCGUACAAGCAUCGUAACUUUUUCUUUUACUGCAAUUCAAAAUUCCAAAACUACUUAUUUUUUGUCGUUAUAAAUAUUACACAUUAAAAAGGCUUGGCCAAUAGAGCGUUUGUAUGGAGAAUUGGCCCCUCCUGUCCUGUAUCGUCUUAAGAAGUUUAAACUUUUGGCCGGCAACUUUUUUUAGUCGAAGAUUCAAUCCAUAAAAUAAUUGUCCUCUCAUUUUGUGUACAUAGAAUAUUGAAUCAUUAGCAUAUAAGUCUGUGUUGACAGUUAUAUGUAUGUACUUAUCCGAAAAAUAAAGACAAGUGGUGAUUUUAAUAUUAAAAUAUUUAUUAUUAUUAUGUCCUUGAAAUGACAACAUUCUGGAAAUUACACAGUUCGAAUUUCAAAAACCAGUUUGCUCAACUUAUCGGGUUUGUAAUUUAUUUACUUACCCCCUUAUUCAUAAACGUACU